AUGGGUGAUCAAUCUCAUGUCUGGGACUAUGAACUUCAGAGACGAAAAUCAUUCAAAAAAUGGAGAAAUAUUUCGCCAGAACUUUCUGCAGAGAAUAUUGCUGCACAAGGCUUCUACUACACUGGUGAGAGUGAUACAGUAUGCUGUGCAUUUUGUCACAUUUAUAUUAGUCAUUGGACCAAGACCGAUAAUCCAAGAGAAGUUCAUAAAAAUGCUAAUCCAAAUUGCAGAUUUAUACUCAAAAGACUGACACACAAUGUCACCAUUGCCAAUGAGAGGGGUGAUUGGAUGCUUUUGUAUGAUGAUCGUUUGAAGUCGUUCAAUGAUGGCGAUGAGGAAAAUGCAAGCACACUAGCUGAACAAGGGUUUUUCCAAGACAUAAACGGAUAUGUGCAAUGUGUGUUCUGCAAAAUGAUUCUAGACUCUGUCAGCAGAAAACCUUGUCACAUGGACUUCUGCCCUAAAUGGUAUAAACAGGAAAAAGUGAAGGAGGAUGAGUCAUCUAUUGUGUGGGAGGAGGAGGUAUAA